AGCUCCUCUUUUAGUUUUCUGACUGUUAAUCAGAAGAUGCUUACAGACGAAGCUGAGGAUAUAUCGAUUGACGAUGACAUCGACGAGAACGGGUUUCCUUCUUUUCAGCUAGUUUCGGAAGAAGAAGAAGAAACGAGAGAAAAUAAUGGAGUUGAAGAUCCAUCCGUUGGAACUUCACAAGAGGGCUUCGCUUCUGAUUUUUAUCGCAGUGGAACAGAUUGGUCAUGCUUGUUGGAGAGGAAUCCGCAGAAACAGAAAAGGCUUAAGCAAGCAGACCUGUUCCAGGUAUGGGGUUUCAAGAAGACCACUGGAUCGAAUUCCGGAUCUAAGGUAUCGUCUUUACCUUUGAGGGAGAAGAAUACGAUGCAAUCAAUCUCCCCUGAGCGGCUCAACGACCAUAUGAAUUCAAAAGUUCCUUCUUUUGGGAAGAUGAGCAAUAGGGGUGGCGAUAAUAGCCGGCGUAUUUGCCCCUUCUAUAAGAAAAUCCCUGGAACUCCAUUCACCGUAGAUGCAUUCCGUUAUGGUCUUAUUGAAGGAUGUGCUGCAUACUUCCUUAGCCACUUCCACCAUGAUCAUUACGGUGGCUUGAGCAAGGGAUGGUCACAUGGGCCCAUCUAUUGUACUCCUCUCACUGCUCGCCUUGUGAGAAUGUGUCUAUUAGUAAAUCCCUCAUUCAUCUGUCCUUUGGAACUAGAGACUGAACAUGUUAUUGAAGGCAUCAAAGUGACAAUGCUGGAUGCUAAUCAUUGUCCUGGUGCAGCACUUAUUCAUUUUCGUCUGGAAGAUGGACGUAGCUAUUUGCACACUGGAGACUUCAGGGCCUGUAGAUCAAUGCAGUUGCAUCCGCUUCUUGCAAACCAUCAAAUUAAUGUGCUUUACCUGGACACCACUUAUUGCAACCCAAAAUACAGGUUCCCCUCCAAGGAAGAUGUUUUGGAUUUUGUUGUAAUGAUAACUAAAAAGAGUCUCACAAAGCAGCCGAAAACCCUUAUCGUUGUUGGAGCAUACAGUAUUGGGAAAGAGUGUGUUUAUCUUGCUAUUUCUAAGGCAUUAGGGGUCAAGAUAUAUGCAAAUUCUUCAAGGAGGCGGAUUCUAAAGUCAUUUAGUUGGCCUGAGCUGUCAGGAAAACUCUGUUCACAUGGGGAGGAGACACCUCUUCAUAUUCUACCUAUGUCAUCGCUGAGACCUGAGACUUUGAAGCAGUACUUAGUGACCUACAUGCAUCAAUAUACCUCAGUUUUGGCAUUUCGGCCGACAGGCUGGACUUACUCUGAGGUUACUGGGAACCACCUGAAUCUAAUCAGACCCCGUUCUAGUGGCAAUGUCACAAUCUACGGUGUCCCAUAUAGUGAGCACUCCAGCUUCUUGGAACUCAGGGAAUUUGUGCAGUUCUUGAAGCCUGACAAGAUAAUCCCCACAGUUAAUGUUGGCAAUGCUGCUCACCGAAAUCAGAUGCAGUCCUACUUUCAAGAAUGGCUGAAAGCCUGAUGUUGU